AUGGGAAACUCUCAAACCAGGGAAUCACGAACCGCCGCGCCACGUCACCGGAGCCAACAAUGGUCAUCGGAUGCCCCGGGUCGCGCGGUAUACCAGAGCUCACGGUCGGGCAGAAGCAGUCGACCUGAUCUAUCUCUCCUGGGGAUAGGUAGUAGCCAUCAUGAUCGCGAUAUGGCUGCCCUCGAGCAUCGGCGUGAAACCAAACAGGAGCGAGAGGCACGCCGGUUGGAAAAGGAAAGAGUGGCCCGUGUCAAAGAGCGCGAACGCAGUAUGAAAGAGGAACAUGUCGAUGGAGGUUAUCUAGUGACACAGGGUGUGUACGUGGGGACGGAGGACUUCAAUAAGGCGGUUGUUCGGCAACUAAUGAUUGAACGCCGACUUGCCCCAUUUUGGAGAGGACUGAAUGACUUCUCCGACUCAUGGGCGGAACACCAACUUAUGGCCGCGGCCCGGGAGUACACUCUCCCCAAGGCAACCCCAACAAAGGGAUUGGUGGAUGCGAGCAAUAUCCAACACCUCACCGUCCCCAUCACAUCCCGCGCUCAAUCCUACAAUUCAGAUGUAUCGCAAAGCUCGAAUCCCGGUCAAUCAUUACCCUCGGCAAUAUCUCCGAUCGCAUCCGGUACCUCGACCUCACCCCUCUUCCGAGCCCGUGCAAAGACAAUGGCAGCUUUGUCAACGUCGUCAAAGCAUGGCUCGCAGACCGAUUUGACACCGCGGGAACUGCAACUACCCAAGGACCCGUUUGUCAAUGGCCAACCGAUCGAGGUCUAUCUAUACAAGGAUGCAAGCGAAUGUCCGAUCUGCUUCCUGUACUAUCCCCCAUACUUGAAUCGCACUCGAUGCUGCGACCAACCUAUCUGCUCCGAGUGCUUCGUUCAAAUUAAGCGCCCCGAGCCACACCCACCGGAGCAUGGCGACUCCGAAGCAAAUACACCAACCCCAGCAGAGGGAGCGCGAGCCGAAGAAACCGAGUCGCAGCUUGUGUCUGAACCAUCUGCAUGUCCUUUCUGUGUCCAGCCCGAGUUUGGAGUUACCUAUGCUAUGCCUCCCUUCCGCCGCGGUUUGACAUAUGGCGCCGAUCCCAGCGCCCGACCUUCCCCCCAUAUUACUUCCCCGGUGUCCUCAACCUCCUCUUUAGCAUCCGCAAGUCUUGCGCCUAUCCCCGGUCGUCGUCGUGCGACAUCCCUGUCGGCAACCGACCCUUCUGUGGUCACCACGGACAAGGUUCGACCGGACUGGGCACAGAAGCUGUCCAACGCCCGUGCCCAUGCGGCACGAAGGUCCGCUGCUGCAACCGCUCUACAUACCGCAGCUUACCUGAUGAAUUCUGGCUCCAGUGAUUCUCGCGGGUUAGGGUUAGGCCGAAGAGGACUCCGGAGAGCCACUCAGGGUGAUGCUGGCCGGGCUGGCACCCCUGCAAUCAAUGCCCUUGCCUUUUUGACCGAGCGAUCUGAUCGAGCAGAUCGAACUACAUCCCGUGUACCGGACACCGACUCGGCUGAGGAAAGCCCGGGUAACAUUGCCCCACCACGUGAGAGCUCGAGGCGGACUCGAGUCGACGAUCUCGAGGAAAUGAUGAUGAUGGAGGCAAUACGCUUGAGCUUGGCCACUGAGGAAGAGCGCCUGCGAAGAGAGGAAAAAGAUUUCCGAAAGGACGCUAAGAAGAGAGAGAAAGAGGCGAAGAAGGCCGAUAAGGUCGGUCGUAAGAAUGGACUGUACAGCAACAAUGCCAGCAGUACUGCUUUGGAAGGAACCAGCGAAUCGUCACUCGCCAAGGUCACCAGCAUCUCUUCUUCAAUUGGCGAAGAAGCCUCCCCAACAGACAAGGGUAAGGCGGUCGAUCGUGCCGCCUCGUCAAAUCCAUCCACUUCAUUGGGUAAUGUGAACCAGGCCGAGCAAACAUCGGUGGUCACUGAACAUUCUACAGGUGCCGAGCCGUCACGGCAAUCGCAUCUCCGAAACAUGUCGAGUGCUUCAUCGUCAUUCUCGUCUAUCAUGGAACACACCCCGGAUGAACGGCCAGCUGGGCAUGCUACCACAGAUGGCAGUAAUACUUCUCUUGAGCCCAUGUUCAACUUCCGGAGCCUGGCUGCCGUCAUUGGUGAUGAAGAUAAGAGCCAUGAAUCCGAGCACGUUGAGAAUGCUGCUCGCCCAGAUGGAGAAGGCCCAUCAAGUGCCACCCCAUCGGUCCAUCAACCCACGGUCGAUCUUACCACCCCCGAGUCUGCUCCCGCUGUAAGCACUCAGGUGGACCCAGAAGGUGACAGUUUGUCGCCCAAGGAGCUCGAGACACGCUCGGUGGAAAUCUCGGCACCUACGGCAAACCCUGAGGCGACAUCAUAA